AAUAUGAGUCAUUAAAAAACAAAAUAAAAAUCAUACAAACUUUGUUCAAAAUAUUAUAUUAUUUAGUUUCAGUGAUGUCCAUAUCGUGCAACAAAAUGCCAAUACUUUUCCUUGAAUGUUAUUCAUCACCAGCAAAUAAAAGUAGAAGCUCCGGAAUCUUCUCACAUUUAUUUUUAUUUUCAGCCAAUCGUAUUUGACUUAAUGACUAUAUACAUAACGACUUAUGCGUAAGGAUCACGAUCCAUCUUCAAGUAUAAUCUUUCCCUAAAUUCUCUCCUUGUUGUUGGGCAUCAAUAGAAGAGGCAAACAAUUCAUCCACGGUUGACUUACCCAGUUUUCAAUAUUUCAUUUCUCAUCAUUUUCUUUCUUUUUUUCUUUUUCUUUUUUAUGCUUACUACCGUAGUCCAUGAUCACAUCAUAAUUCAUAAGAAAUUAAGAAAGCUCAUAAACAUAACAAACUCAACUUUUGUGAGCUUUUUAUCAAACCUGAAAAAGCUGAACGAAAAUAUAAUGAUGCUAAAUUUCAUAAAAAAUUCCAGUACCCUAUUUUUAUUACAAUUGUCAUUUCUAUUCAUCUCGAUCGGUCUAAGCGUUGGAGCUAAUCAACCUACUUACCUCUACCACAUCUGUCCAAACACCACCACUUUCACCCCCAACAGCACAUACCAAACUAAUCUUAACAACCUCCUCUCUUCUCUAUCUUCCAAUGCCACCACCAGUGAGUUCCAUAGCGUCACUGCCGGUAAAGGCUCCUCCUCCCCAAUAUACGGCAACUUCCUCUGCCGCGGAGACGUCAACGCUACUGUAUGCCGAGAUUGUGUGACGUUUGCCGUCAAAGACAUCGUCAAGCUGUGCCCUGUUGAGAAAGAGACCAUAAUAUGGUACGACGAAUGCCAAUUGCACUACUCUAACAAGUCAUUCUUCGGCACCUUAUCCAACAGCCCUGGUGGAGCCUAUCUUGUGAACACUGGAGACAUCACGGACCUUUACGAGUUCAAUCAGCUAGUUAACGCUACCACUGAGGUGGCGGCAAUUGAGGCUGCCAAAGGCGUGGGAGGGGAGAAGAAGUACGCCACGAAAGAUGCCAACUUCAAUGGGUUCCAAAGAUUGUACACCCUUGCGCAAUGUACACCGGACCUGAACGCCUCCAGUUGCCGUACAUGCCUAACCAUGGCCCUCGGAGAGCUCCCCACGUGUUGCUCUGGAAAGAUUGGGGGAAGAGUUCUGUUGCCUAGCUGUAAUUUUAGGUACGAGCUCUAUCCCUUUUACACUCAAAAUGCAACAACACCACCACCUGCAGCAACCCCAUUGCCGCCGCCGCCUGGUCCAUCUCCAUCUCCUCCUCCUCCAGGUUUCAUUUCGAGUUCUAAAGGAAAUGGAAAAGUCUCAGCCCGAACAAUCGUUGUCAUUGUCGUCCCAAUUGUUGUUGCUCUGCUCCUAUUCAUAUUGGGAUUUUGUUUUCUAACCAAGAGAGCAAAAAAGAAGCACACAUUGGCUGAAGGGCGUGAUGAUAUUACUACCCCUGAUUCUUUGCAAUUUGACUUGGCUACAAUUGAAGCUGCCACAAACAAGUUCUCAGCUGAUUAUAAGUUAGGUGAAGGCGGAUUUGGUGAGGUUUACAAGGGCACACUUCCUAAUGGACAACAAGUAGCUGUGAAGAGACUAUCAAAAGGUUCUGGACAAGGUGCAAUCGAAUUUAAGAAUGAAGUUGUAGUGUUAGCUAAGCUUGAACACAGAAACCUUGUAAGAUUGUUGGGAUUUUGCUUGGAAGGACAAGAGAAGUUGCUUGUUUAUGAAUUUCUUCCCAAUAAAAGCCUUGACUCUUUUUUAUUUGACGCUGAAAGACAAGAAGAGUUAACGUGGGCAAUACGUUACAAGAUUAUAGCAGGAAUUGCUCGAGGCAUUCUAUAUCUCCACGAGGAUUCUCAACUUAGAAUUAUACAUCGUGAUCUCAAAGCUAGUAAUAUUUUAUUAGAUGCGGAUAUGAAUGCAAAGAUUUCUGACUUUGGAAUGGCAAGAAUGUUUGAUGUUGAUCAAACUCGAGCAAAUACAAAUAGAAUUGUUGGUACAUAUGGUUAUAUGUCUCCAGAGUAUGCAAUGCACGGACAAUUCUCUAUCAGAUCUGAUGUGUAUAGUUUUGGUGUAUUGAUCCUAGAGAUUAUUAGUGGCAAAAAGAAUAGUAGUUUCUAUCAAACCGACUAUGCUGAGGACCUCUUGAGCUAUGCUUGGAAACUUUGGAAGGAGGGAAAUCCCCUGAAAUUAUUGGAUCCAUCAUUGGAACAUUCUUAUUCAGAUAAUGAAGUUGUGAGAUGCAUCAACAUAGGGCUACUAUGUGUUCAAGAAGAUCCAGAAGAAAGACCAACACUGAAGACAAUAGUUCUUAUGUUUAACAGUUGCUCAAUCACUUUGGCAGCACCGAAUCGACCAGCAUUUUACAACAGAACCGAUGCAGGCAUGCCAUCAAUGGGAAUAAAGCUUGAUGACUCUAGAAGCGAUGACUUUCCACAAUCGAUCAAUGAAGCAUCAAUAACUGAUUUAUAUCCUCGUUGAUUUGUAUAUUUAAGUAGAAAACAUUAAAUAAAAUUCAUUUAUUACAAUUUUUUUUAUUGUGCGACUGGUCUUUUCUGAUUUAAGAGUUAAAUUUAUUUACAGAUUAACUUAAUUAUAAAUAUUCUCAAUAAUCAGAUUUUUUUGCCCUUACUAUAUUCAUUUUUUUCCCUUUUCGAAUAUUUUCAAUGUGAUUAAGCUUAAGAAAUUAAUGCUGCGU